UUCAUUAAUAUUUUCAUUUCGACAUUCCCGCCGCCGCCGUCACCGCCUCCGCCAGCCUGCCGCUGCACCACACGCAGGGCGGCGCGGCGCUGGCCAGUGUCUGGGUGAUCCCUGCCGUGUAGGGUUGUGUCGUCACGCUGUGGCCGCUGCGCCGCUCAGCCCGGCAUGAGGCCGCUGCCUGGGCUGUGGGGCUGCGGGAGCUGUGUUGUGUUGCCUGGCGCCGCAGGGGCGGGCGUGUGGAGCGCUGGUUCACAUCGUGUGCGACAAUUACGUGACAUUAGACGCGGGAAGUUCACCUUUACCUGAACACGAGGCGAACAAUAAACACUGUUUGUGCCUCCCCAGAACACGCUGACAAAGGAGCGACAGGCGGGUGUGCAGCUACAGUUCAAGACUCAAGCGAACCACUUAUUCACGCACUUACUUCUCAUGAUAUAAGAUUAAUGUAAACACAAAGAGAACAAUCAUCCUCUGGUACUGUAAAAAAGCACUGUCUCUUGAGAGGACUGACAAACAGGAGACAUGACCCUGGCAAGACGCGCCCACGGAGUCGUGUGAGCCGCCGUCUGUCGUCUGUGGCCGCGAGGGGCACCAAGGGACACAUGAUGGUAGUUCCGAGGCCAGGGAGGAGGAGGAAGCUCUCUGUUGCACACCGAUGAACGGCACCAACGAACACUCCAGAGACGGCUGCUUGGCUGGCCGGUGAGAAGCCUCUCGGGGCAGUGAGGAAACACCUACGGGCGCACGACUCCCAGCAGCUGACCUGACGACUGUGUUACGACCUCCCGCACUAGGGAGCAGCGGCGGCCACCAUGCCCUGGCAGCCGCGACUUCACCCACUGCUGCCGCCCCUGCUGCUGCUGCUGCUGCUGUUACUGCGGCCCUCAGCGUGCCAGGAGGAGGGCGAGGGCGAGGCGGGCAGCGGGGCCGAGGUGGCGCCACACUUCCUGCACGACCUCCUCAGCCACAACGUGUCCGUCCAGCUGGGCUCCACAGCACACCUGCACUGCCGCGUCGCCGGGAUCAACGACCAGUCGGUGUCGUGGUACCGCAGGACAGGUGACGAGAUCCAGCUCAUCACCUUCGACUUCCAGACAUACCACAACGACGACAGGUUCGCCCUCAACUUCGAGCAGCCCAACGACUGGAGGCUGAGGAUACGGUUCGUGCAGCGGCGUGACGAGGGAAGUUACCAGUGCCAAGUGUCAACUCACCCGCCGCUCAUCCGUACCGUGCACCUACAGGUCGUGGAGGCGUCCAUCCAGAUCUUGGACGAGCGCGGCGUGGAGCUGCGAGAGAAGUUUUACCGCGAAGGGUCGACGAUGGAGCUGCAGUGCCUCGUGGCCGACGUGCCCAGCGCCACAGCCCUGCAGCUCGCCUGGUACCACCACCAGCACAGACUCAACUACGACGACCCCCGCGGCGGCGUCAGCCUCAAGACGGAGCUGCGCGGGUCAGUGGCUCGCUCGUGGCUGCGGGUGAGUCAGGCGGGCCGUCGUGACUCCGGCAUCUACUACUGCAACGUGACUAACCUCGCCGCCGCCAGCGUCACCAUCCACGUGGUUCCCGCCUCAGCGGCUUCACACCUUUGAGGGCGUCAAGUAAGCUUUGUCUUCCCCGACAGACGAGUACCCGGCGGCCAUACAGGGAGCAGCAGAAGCCUCAGCGUGUGGCUUCACCCUGCUGGCCUCCGUGCUGGCCACCCUCACCGCCGGCUGGCCUCCCCACAGAUAGCACCAGUGACCGGCCGCCCGCAGAACACACCACAGUAGGGGGAUGUGAGACCCUCCUCCCACCCAGCUGUGAUGAGGACCCUCACAGGGUCCGGCGUGGGGCCGCAGCGAGCACCCACCGAUAAGACAUGCAGAUACACGGACUAAUAUUUGUACUGCAUCACAAACACUGACGUUACCCAACAUGAGUACCUUAACCACGCAAAUUUUCACACUCUCUUGUAACUCGAACACACAAAAAUACCAUACAGCGCCAACAGAGACUCCUCCCAGCAUUAAUUCUUCCCAGGCACCACACGGGAGUGGAACAGUCUUCCACAGGUCACACACAGUCCCACAGAACACAUUUCCACGAACACAGUACACCAACAUUUCAGUUUACCCUGUGCUACACUCAAACAAGUACACAGAUUCCCUCAGUCGUCACUCUUGUCCCAAUCACGGGUGAUGUGUACCAGGGAACGGGAGGCGCCAUACACAUCAAAAUCCAGGAUCAAGAAAACAACUCACCGAGGCAGCAGCAGCUUAGCCGCCGCCCCCAAACCUGACAUUCAAACCACAGCCGUCGCCCCCGUCAGGCAGCGUCUUCGUAUCUCCGCUGUGGACUCAUCUGUUUGAUGUUUUGUUCGUCCCUUGAUAUUUGAUUGAUGUAUACUGAGUGUAGCCGUCAAUACAAUAGUGUUCCCCGGU